UGACAUACGGCAAUCCAUCGCGCGAUGGACCUCACGCUGCUGCUGCCCGCAAGCGGCUUCCUCGCCCCGGCACAUGCUCGCAUUAAGCUCAAAUCUCCUGCGAGCCAUACUUACUGGCAGCUCGGCUGCCGGAGGUCGGUUCAAAAUCCAUAUCGCGCCCCAGCUCCAUGUGCAAUCGAGUCCGAAACGCGAGCAGUUGACUGAAUCCGGAGACAUCCAGGACAAGGGCCGGAGAGACAUCGGACAGGGCGGGGCGUUCGGGAACAAUGAUGCGGACUUCACGGUGCUUGUGGCGUUUGUUUGACAUACCACCAGCUCUCAUACGGCGACGAUAUCACCGAGCCUAGAGGCCCUGCCUAGUACGCGGAGUAGACAUGGACCGUGAAUAGUCAAAGUUGGUAGCUAGUAUGGCACGCACGCCUGCCAGCCUGUGAGUCGCCUUCACAUCGUUUGAGGG